AUGCGUAAGUUUGGACGGAUUAUUUCACCAAUUAAAAAUUGAACCGCAUCUGCUUUGAAUAUUACAGGUGAAAUAAUAGUUACAUGUUAUUAUUUUCAUCUAGGUGUAAUCCCACGGGCAUUAGGCGCACAUGGUUGCAGGUGAAAAUGAAACAUAAAAACAUAAUUCAGACAGCUAACAGAAGGAAGGCAGAGGCCCGCAAGACGAGGGCGGGGCCACCUCCACCUCUGGCUGAUGUGGAGGAGCUGGACCUGAGCCACAACACAGGAACACCAGUGGCUGAAGGCAUCAGCUCAUCAGAGCCAGGCACCCCCCAAGACACAGGUGCUGACAUAAAAUUUUUUGAUGGUGUUCUCCACAUUGUUGAGCCUCCUGCCUCAAUAGAACUUAAAGUUGAGGAAGAUAGUGACAGUAAAGAGGUAUUAUCUGCUGCCACAGAGAUGGAGAGGCCUACAGAGAGCAUGGCUGGCCAUCACCAGGAGCAGGCUCCAUCAACCCCUGCAGCACAGCUUGACACAUUACCAGUGAAGGAGUUGCACAGGCUUCAUUUAGUCAAGAAAAUAACAAAAAUGGACCAAGAAAUGGUUUAUGUGGGCCGGCAGAUCAGGAAGAUAGAUCUGGAAAUUGAAUUACUACAACAUCAAUUAGAGGAAAUAAAGAAGAACAAAUGAACUGUUAAUGAUUUGUGUUUAUUUGUGGAUGGUGGUUGUUGAGGCUGUGAAUUGAUUGCCAGAACUUUAUCGUAAUAAAUAUGGUAGAACUUUUUUUAAUAUUACAGUAAAAAGAUAUUAGCACUGUUGAUUUCAUGUUUAAGAUUUAGCUAUUUUAUUCAAUUUUUACUGUAUAAAUAAAAGGUUUUUCCAUCAAAUAAACGCGAUUUGCCAUAUAAUUGA